AUGUCCGGGUGGCACCCCACCAGGAGGGACCUCCUCCUGGUCAUGAUGGUUCUCGUCAUCUUUGGCCUGUUCCUCCAGCUCGACCUCUCCUUCCGCUUCACAGACUCCAAGGGCUCAGACUCUCUUCUGGGCUUCAAGCUCGGUAUCGGAGGCCGUCGCCCCGGAGAGUCCUCGCGCCGCACUGGCAAAAAGGGCGGCUGGGUGUCCGACGGCGUGUCCUCCCACCUGGCGCGUCCCCUUGCUGGCGUCUCCGAGGCAAAGGUCAAGUGGGGCGAUGAGGGCGCGCUGAGGACAGAGGUCGCCGCACACGCACCAGGAUGGACCGUCUUUGACCAGGUCUACCUCUUCAACGGCACCUGGUACAUUGUCACCGACCACCCGUCGACCAUCCCCCUCUUGCGCAUGAUGACCUCGCCCGGCGCUGAGAUUUGGAACGACGAGGAGUCCAUCAACCGCCGUGAGCCCACCGACAAGGACAUGCAGAUCAUCUUCCCGUCGGCGGCCAAGCGCCUGUGGGGCCAGUCGGCAUCGCGCAUCUCGGGCGUCACGUUCCUCGUCAACGACCCACCCCAGUUCCUCGACCACUACUACCACUUUGCCGCCGAGCUCCUGUUCGGUCUCUGGCGCACAUACUCGUCGCUCGACCCGGGAAUCAACGCCGCCGGCCAGACCCAGCUGCCGUCCCCGGCGCGCAUGAUGAUGCCCCACGUCGCGGCCGGCAAGUGGAACGACUACGCCAAGAUGAACUCGUUCCUCUCGCGCGCCAUUUUCCCGUCCAUGUCGUACGAGUACCAGAACGACUUCCUCGACCGCUCCGACACCCAGCGUGCGUACAUGCUCGACCGCGUCGUCUUUGCCGACCGCGCUGCCGCCUUCCGCGGUCCCGAGUUUGCCAAGACGUGGCGUACAGCGUCCGAGGCAGCCACCCUCGGCGGCAGCCGGUACUGGUGGUCGCCGAUGCGCCGCAACCUCCUCGAGUUUGUUGGCUCGAGCUCGGGCACCACCGAGAUCAACCUCGAGGAGUUUGGUGUCGACGACGAGGACGAGGACGACCUGAUCGAGGAGGGCGGCGGCGUCGUCGUCAAGGACGUGCCCAAGUUUGUCCGCCGUGCCGCUGUCCCCGAGGACCCCGAGGACGACUCGCCCGCGCUCGCCAAGCGUGGUGUCAUUCCCGAGCGCCGCGUCGACCUCGGCACCCGCCGUGAACACUCGCCCGGUAACCCCGUCAUCACCUACGUCUCGCGUCAGGACUGGGGCCGUCGUAUGCUCAUCAAGAAGGACCACGACGAGCUCGUCCAGCACCUCAACGAGCUGCAGAAGAAGUAUGGAUGGGAGGUCCACAUUGUCGCCAUGGACAAGCUCACUCGUGACGAGCAGAUCCGUCUCGCUGCCCGCACCACCAUCAUGAUGGGCGUGCACGGUAACGGUCUGACCCAUCUUAUCUGGAUGAACAACCUCAACCCGCGCGCCACCGUUAUGGAGUUCUUCUUCCCAGGUGGUUUCGCCGAGGACUACGAGUUUACAUCGCGCGCGCUCGGUAUCCGCCACUACGGCUGGUGGGGCAACGAGUCGUUUACGGCCCCCAACACCCCGCCCGUAGCCUAUCCCGAGGGCUUCCAAGGCAACGAGAUCCCCAUCAGCGGCAAAGACGUGGCCCAGCUCAUCGAGCAGCGCCUGCUAGUGGACCGCCCUCCCAGCGACGUGGAUACCCGCCGCUAG